AUGGCGGACAAGAAAGGCAAAAAAGGGCGGAAAGCGGCUAGCGCCGGUGGCGACCGAGAUGGCGACGGCGACUUCAAACUCAGCGAGAAGCAGAAACUGGACGAGGUUACGAUUGAGGUGUUUGAGGCGCGGGUUAGGGAUUUGACGGAGAAGUUGGAGAGAUACAGGACCCGGUGCGAGGUCCUAUCAGCGGAAAACGAUGCGUUGGGCAAGGCGCAGACCAAGUCUUCGCACGACAAGCAAGACAUAGUCGAAUUUCUCAACAUUAAAGUAACCGAGCAUGAACGGCAAAUCACCGCCCUCGAGCACCGCAUCACCACCCUCGACGCCGAAAAAGCCGAAAUGGCCAGUGCCCACGCCCAAAAGAUCGAGGACGCCGUCGCCGAAAGUCGAAAUGAAGUCGAGAGCUUGCAGGGUGUGGUCGGAGGACUGAAGGCCCAACUGAGUGAUUUGGGGGGAUUCGCUAGUCAGAAGACGGACCUAGAAACAGCCCUCCGCACCCUCCGGACGCAACUGGAGACGAAAGAACGCACGUAUAAAGACACGAUCCACAACAUCGAGCGUAAAGUGCUGCAGGACAAGAACCUGCUGAAGCGGGAUAUGCUGCAGAAGGUCAACGAGACUGUGGCGCAUUUUCAAAGGGUUGCCGAUCAGCAGAUGGCUGAGACGACGAAACGCGCCAUCCGCGAAAACACAAUGAUAACCACCCAACUGCAAAAAAUGUCCCUAAAAACCACCGAGCUGAUCUCCGAAAACGACACUCUGAAACAAAAAGUAGCGCGGUUACGUACUAACAACGCCUUGUUGGUCGAGAGCGAGAAAAGCUUGGCGAAGAAGAAUGUCACGCUGCAGAGGGUGUUGAGGGAGGUUGUGGGGAAGUUGAAGGAGACGGACCAAAUGGUCGCCCUCGCCUACGACACCGCGCACCUCGCCGCGGACGCCGACACUGAUACACACAGCCAGCAACGCUACUCUGACCGGUUCUAUGAGGGUCCGGCGGAUGAGGAGACGCCGGAGGGGUCUGAUGAGUCUUUGGCGGAAUCAGACGCCCAACAACAUCCCCGCCCGUCCCCAGCGCUACUCCAGCAAAUCAUGCAAUCCUUCAAAUGUUUUGACGAGAUGGCGGCGUAUUGGGAAGAGUUGGAGAUAAGUGCUCGUGGCGGCGGCGAUGGAGCCGACGCAGGCGAUGGACGACGGGAGAGUCAAGAGAGUGUUGAUGCAGGGGACAAGAAAGAAGGAGACGGACGAGGUGCGGGCGCGUCGCAGUUGGAUGCGUUGGGCGAUUUGGGGCGGUUUAUCGACCGAUUGCAUUCGAGCAUGCUGCAGGUGGCGCAUAUGGUUAACCAGGAGAACACACGCGAGGCGAAUAGUGAUGGCGAGCGGGACGCAGGCCCACCAACCGACGCUUCCCGUCCGCCCGCGGCGUCCACCACAACUCAAUGGCCCUCGUCAUCAAUUACAUCCCCCUUACAACAACAACACGACCAAAAUCCGCCGCGAAAAACAUAUCUCCACCCAUACUCGCCGCCCAUGAAACGGCGCCUGGGGAACUUGGACGCCGUUAUUGCUGCGUUGCCGCAGACGGAGAGUGUCCGGGAUGGGAAGAGGGAAGAGGAUAAAGUGAGGGAGAUUGCGUGCCAGACGGGCCCAUUACCGUUCGCGCCGAAAGUGGAAGCCAAAUAUCUCCUCGGGGAAGUACGGCAAUGGGGCGCGCCGGCACUCUCUUUGCCGCAGAAGGGGUUGGGACAGUAUGUCGCCCGGCGGCGGUAUGUGUCGCAGCCGCCGCAGACGACGAUGCCCGUGGUGGGGAUUUUGGUAGGGAGAGAGGGCGUGAGCGUGGGGGCUGGGCCGGCUUUGAGGUCGUAGUUUUCAUGUAUGUCAUGUGCGAAAUCACACGAUGUUUGCUGCGGAGACCCUCCUUCCGAUGUGCCUUGUCCUCGCAUACUACGUUCAACGUUGUAGUAGUGCGCUACGAACUGCGCAUGAAAUCGAGAAUAUUUCGACUCCGAUUGGACGCCUAGAAUCUUCGACAAGCGAAUGAAAUCACCUUUAUAUGACAACGUCAAAAACCAUCAAAACUUCCGACGAUAAAUCAACACACUCGCGUUCC